CUGAUAUCCCUGUAUACCAGCCAAAUCAACCAAUUAACCAACCAAACUAGAUCAUCUAGAUCUCCCAUCCAUCCCAUACUACCAUCCCCUCAAUUCGAUCGCAUCAUGGUCCUAUUCCCCUGGUGUUGUCGACCACGCAAAAGAAAGGACCAGCUGCCAUGGAAGCAGAUUGAGGCGGCGGCCAGUGACCUCGAGUCUCUACCCAGCUGGCACGACCCGGAGGACAACACGCUCCUGCUGGAAGCCUUCGAAUGGCAUGUCCCCGACGACAAACGCCAUUGGCGGCGACUGCAGCGUGUGCUCCCCAGCCUCAAGGCCAUCGGUGUGGACAGUCUCUGGCUGCCACCGGGGUGUAAGGCGAUGAACCCGGGGGGCAACGGGUACGACAUCUAUGACCUGUACGAUCUCGGCGAAUUCGACCAGAAGGGAGUGCGCCCAACCAAAUGGGGAUCACUGCAGGAGCUCCGGGAGCUUGUGGCCGACGCCCACGCGCUGCAGCUGGGCGUGUACUGGGAUGCGGUGCUGAACCACAAGGCGGGAGCCGACUAUCACGAACGAUUCAUGGCGGUGAAGGUCGAUCCCAAACGCCGAGAUGUCGAAAUCGCCGCCCCCACCCAGAUAGACGGUUGGACGGGCUUCGACUUCGCGGGGCGCGGCGCCGUCUACAGCAGCAUGCAGUACCACUGGCAGCACUUCAGUGGUGUGGACUGGGACGACCGCAGCCAGACUAACGCGAUCUACCGGGUGGCCGACAAGCAGUGGGCGGCCGACGUCGGCACCGAGCUGGGGAACUACGACUACCUGAUGUUCGCGAACCUGGACUACGCGCACCCGGAGGUGCGGGCCGACGUGCUGCACUGGGCGGCCUGGAUUGGGGCCACGUUGGGGUUGCGUGGGAUGCGUCUGGACGCGGCGAAGCAUUUCUCGCUGCAGUUCCAGAAGGAGCUGACGGCGCACAUGCGCGCCACCACGCACGAGGCCUUCGUCGUCAUCGGCGAGUACUGGACGGGCGACGUGCACGAGCUGGUGCGCUACGUCAAGCAGAUGGAGCACACGGUGUGGGCGGUCGAUGCGCCCCUGGUGCACUCCUUCUCCCGCGUCUCGUUGGACUCCCGGGCGGAUCUGCGCCAGGUGCUGCGGGGGACGUUGAUGCAGCGGUGUCCGGAAAAUGCGUUGACGUUUGUCGAGAACCAUGACACGCAACCCGGCCAAAUGAUGGAGAACACAAUCGCCCCGGAAUUCAAACUCCUGGCGUAUGCCUUCAUCCUGCUCCGCCGAGAGGGCCAUCCGUGCGUAUUCUACGGCGACCUGUACGGGAUCUGGGACGGACAGUGCGCGCAGCACGACCGCGCAGGCUACGGUCGCCAGCUCCCGAUCCUAACGCGGGUGCGCAAGCUGUAUGCGUACGGCGAGCAGCAAGACUACCUGGACGAGGCACACUGCAUCGGCUUUGUGCGAUACGGCAACGCGCGCCACCGGGCGGGAUUGGCGUGUGUGCUGCACUGGGGGCCCAGCGAAACGGCGGCCACGAAGCGCAUGUAUGUUGGGCCUGGGCACGCCCACGAGACGUGGACGGAUGUGCUGGAGAGCGGCAGCAGCAGCAGCAGUAGUAGUAGUAGCCCGGUGGUGAUUGACGAGCACGGGUAUGGGCUGUUCCCCGUAUCAGGCCGCGGGGUGAGUGUCUGGGUCAAUGCCUCCGUCCCGGACCGCGCGCGUCUCUCGGAACCAUUUGAUCACGACAUCUAUGCCUAACGGGGAGCCAUGGACCACACAAUACAAAUACGAGUGAAUCUGGCAAGGACAGUUGGCUGGUGGCAAAUGGCAAUCAAUCCCUGGCGAUCGCGCCAGUCAGAAUGCGCGCCAGACGAGCAGACAACAACACUAGCAGAGCAUAAAAAAAAAAAACCUUUUAGAAGCAGAGCCGGAUUAGGCAAUUCCUCUGACAGGAAAAGUC